AUGGAAGAAUUACCAAAAAAAAGAAAAUAUAUCCCAGAAUCACAACUGGAAACGCAAUGUGACACUGACUACGAGUUUGUCGAACAGGCUUAUUUAGAACAAAAUUCCCAGACUUAUGAUGACUGGGAACCUGGUCAAGAAAAUGAAGAUGAAAUAAAUUCUGCGGCGGAAGCCGAGAUAAUCUCCACGCAGAACAGACUUGAGGAGAACAUCACAAAAAAGUUCAAUGACCUCCAAGCUCAAAUCUCAAAUGCGGGGUCUUCAAAGGAUACUGUUUCAAAGGUUGCUGAAGAACUGCGUCGAUUCAGAGAGAUCAUCUUUGGUAUUCUUGGUCUUCUUCGGCAGCAAAUAAGGGAGUGCAGCAAACAAGAGUUGACAUGCAGCCAAAUUGAUUCUGGAUGUCUUCAUAACAAGUUGGGCCUGAGCGACAUAUCAAAGUCAGCACUUAAAGUUUGCCACAGCUCGGAUUACCCGGUAAACAACAUCAUCGACCUAUUU